GCUUGAGGCCAUAUAGCGGGAGAAUUUCAUUAAGACCGUAAAAGUAUCAGAGCUGAACACACGUCUAACCUCAAAAACAUAUAACACGUGUGCUAUUAAUUACUGUGGCAUAAUUAUAUUGAAACAAAUCUUCGUACAAAAGUGGUUUUAAAAAGUAUUUUUAUCUUCAAUUGUUGGUAACAAUCCAAGAACAAUAAUGGCCACUGCUAUUUGUACGAUCAAUCCAAUUAAAAUAUCGUGGGUAAUUAAACGCAUUAAUCGACUGUUAGAUCCAAUAAAAGAUGUUAAUAAUCACGUAUCAACACGUUGUCCUGUCGGAUCACGUAGCAAAAAAAUAACAUGGGAAUUUGAAUUAAUGUUUAAUCAAUCAUCUAGUAGACUUUCUGACUGGAUUUCAUUUAGCCUAAGAAUAGUAGACGCCAACAAAACAGUGAGCGCUAAAUUUAAAAUAUCGAUUGUUAAUAAUAAUGGCGUUUCCGUAUUGAUGGAUAAUGUUGAUGGUGAAGUUCUUGAAUUAGAGAAUAAGGAUAUUUAUACGAUUGAUCGAUUCAUCAGAAAGGAAGAUUUGUUUGCUAAUUUUGAUGAAUACGCGCCCAAUGAUAUUCUUACUAUUGUUGUUGAAAUAAAUGUAUUACAAUCUGUGAUAAAUAACGUUUUCUUGCCAAAGCGAGAGAGAAUUGAAAGAAAAGAAGAUGGAGAAGCGCUGCCUGAUUAUUCAACUCUUAAUAACAAACCUUACAUCGUACAUAAAAUAGACUCGGAUGAUAAUGAAGUUUAAAAUUUUUCAUUAAUAAUUAAUUAUGAUAAUAAUAUCCAUCAUUUCAUCUCAUUAAUACUUUUUCAUUUCUGUACUUGUAACUUUUUUUUUUCUUUCUGUUGAUGUAAUUGAUCAUUCAUCCAUUUAUUUAUUAUUUAUUGUUAGCUAAUUAAUACGCUUUAAUUAAUAAUAAUUCAACUAUUUUAUUAUGCCUUUUUAAUGAUGUAAUUAUAAUUCUAUAAUGACGGUAUAAACUCAGUAUUAAAAAUAAAAAAA